CAGCAAGAAUUUGUCUUCAGUUUCUUUCAGUGUUGGUGAAACAAGACCAUGGACCAAGGCGGAGACAAAACUCUAUUGUUAAGUGCUGACGAAAAUGACUUUGAACCAGAAAUCUCAGACAGUCGAUAUCAAAGACGGGGAUAUCGUAAGCAUCGUAAGACAGUAGUCAGCGACCAUGACAGACAUAGCGUGAAAUCUGAGUCAACUCGUUAUUCAGUCGAAUUUGAGAGCCGAGAAGGAACGUUGGGCUCUCGUAGCUUCCCAGCAGUUCACUACACAAACUCUUCAGCAGAUUAUAGUCAUUGGGCUACAACAGAUUAUCCUAUUAGCACAACAAAAGGUUAUCCAAAGAGGGCUACAACAGAUUAUCCUAUAAGGGCAACAAAAGAUUAUCAAAAGAGAGCUACAACAGAUUAUCCUAUAAGAGCAACAAACGUAUAUCCAAAGAGGAAUACAACAGAUUAUCCGAAGAGCGCAACUACAGAUAAUCCAAUAAGGGCAACAACAGAUAAUCCUGAGAGGGCUAGAACAGAUAGCCCUAAGAGGGCAACAACAGAUAGCACUAAGAGGGCAACAACAGAUAGCCCUAAUAGGACAACAACAGAUAGCACUAAUAGGGCAACAACAGAUAGCACUAAUAGGGCAACAACAGAUAGCUCCCAGAGAGCUUCAACAGAGUACCCUAAUAUAGUAUCAAUAGAUUACCCUACGAGGGCUACAACAUUUUAUCCAAAGAAUGAUUCAACCCCUGACCACAGGAUCGCUACAACAGCGUAUUCUCACGGUACUCAUCAUGCCUACACCCACAGCAACGUCAAAACCAAAACUCCAACCAAAUCACUAACACCAACGCCAUCACCAUACCCUACCGGCAUCAACAGCGAACAAACCCCAUCGCUGUCCAUGCUCAACACAAAAUACCGGAACAUUACCAACUCUCCGUACUGGAGAGACGCCCUUAUGCCACAGGGGGGUGCCCAGCCCAUGUACCCUGGAUCUUAUGCGCCGUGGCAACACCCGCCAGAGGAAUCCUUCCAACAAGUCCCCAACUACAAGAAGAUGAGUAUCUGUAUUCUCUGUUUCUGUUGUCUUCCUUUGGGCAUUGCUGGGCUUAUUUAUACAACAAAAGCAGAAAAGUUGAGGGCAGAGAAAAAAUAUUCCCAAGCCAAGACCGUCGCCAACAAGGCAAAAAUCGUCAACAUCAUUGGAUUUGUGCUCGGCAUCUUUUUGUGGAUUUUAAACGGUCUUGUUAUCUACUUCAAAGUGAAACACAUUCAAGACCAUGAAACACAAUAUAAUUAUAGUAGGCCGUAAGCUGACAGAAGUUUGAGAUAGU